ACAAACCAGAUGAGAUCACAGAAUCAGAAUCUUGGGCCUUAGAAUCCUCUGGUUUAAGGAUUCUUGAUGCAGGCAGGAAUUCCACCGCAGCCUGCUGAGCCAAACAUGUCUGCCUCUGGUAUUCUAUUUCCUAUUGUUAAAAAGAGUCUGUACCGUCAGCUUUAGGUCUAACCUUGUAUCAUUACCAGCAACUUUCCUUUUUUUGUUUUCUCAUGUGUAAAACCAGGGGGUCGAUAUUUCUGUGAUAUUCUUUGGUUCUGGGAUAAUUUGGGGAAAGGGAUCUCUUUAAUGUUUUGGAUAUUGCCAAUAGACAGAAAUUAUCCUGAGAGUUAUCUUUUUUUUCAGUUCUUGAAGCAGUCUAAGGGCAACAGAGAGGAAUAAGAAUCCCCUGAAGCUGGCUGUCUUUAUUCUCCGCCAGAAACCGGGACUAGAGUAGCCCGGUGGCCAUAUUUAUUUCUGGCAAUUGAGGGCCGGGAAAGGAGCUGAAGCAGCUCACUGCCAUGACUAGUACUGGCAAGGAAGGCCAAGACCUUGCGCCCCGCUAGUCUAACGUCACGGCUCUUCUUGCCGAUCCUACCCGCUCCAGUUUUAAACCAGCGGUUCCAGGGUUCUCCGAGCCUCUCUCUGGCCCCCGCCCAGAGGCCGGGAAAGCCUGAAGCCGAGAAGGAGAGAGGACCCGGAAGUUGGGGGGGGUGACCUCCAAGCACGUGAUGAGGGGGCCCGCGGGCGCUGUCACGUGACCCGCCUACCUGCGGUACCUCGGAGCCGAACUUGCAGCUGCUCUUAAAGACCCUCACCCGCCUGGUUGGAGCCAAUCCUGGACUCUCGCUGACUUUGAACCCUUCGCGGGACCUGAACUUGAUGCCAUGGGAGGCUGUGCGGGCUCGCGGAGGCGCCUUUUGGAUGCCGAGGGGGAGGAGACCGCCCCGGAACCUCGGUCCCCUCUGUUGGACCGUCAGGGCGCCCUUUGGAGGAACGUGAUGGGUUUCUGGCUCCUGGGCCUUUGUAACAACUUCUCUUACGUGGUGAUGCUCAGCGCUGCGCAUGACAUCCUUAGCCACCAGAGGGCAUCUGGGAACCAGAGCCAUGUGAACCCGGACCCACCCCUCACCCCCCACAAUAGCUCCUCUCGAUUUGACUGCAACUCUGUCUCCACUGCUGCAGUGCUCCUGGCAGAUAUCCUCCCCACCCUCGUCAUCAAAUUGCUGGCGCCCCUUGGUCUGCACCUGCUGCCCUACAGCCCCCGGGUUCUCAUCAGUGGGAUUUGUGCUGCCGGAAGCUUCCUCCUGGUUGCCUUUUCUCAUUCAGUGGGGACCAGCCUGUGCGGUGUGGUCUUGGCUAGCAUCUCGUCCGGUCUGGGGGAGGUCACCUUCCUCUCGCUCACUGCCUUCUACCCCAGGGCUGUGAUCUCCUGGUGGUCCUCAGGCACUGGGGGAGCAGGGCUGCUGGGAGCACUGUCCUAUCUGGGCCUCACCCAGGCGGGCCUCUCCCCGCAGCACACCCUGCUGUCCAUGCUGGGUGUCCCUGCUUUGCUGCUGGCCAGCUAUUUCUGUUUGCUCACACCUCCUGAGCCCCAGGACCCUGGAGGGGAAGAGGAGGCAGAGUCCUCCGCACGGCAGCCUCUGAUAGACAGCGAGGCUCCAGAGUCAAAGCCAGACUCCAAGUCAAACCUCUCCCUUCUGGAAAGGUGGACCGUGUUCAAGGGCCUGCUGCCAUACAUCGUUCCCUUGGUGGUGGUUUACUUCGCGGAGUAUUUCAUCAAUCAGGGACUGUUUGAGCUCCUGUUCUUCCGGAACACGUCCCUGAGUCACGCUCAGCAGUAUCGCUGGUACCAGAUGCUCUACCAGGCCGGUGUCUUUGUUUCCCGCUCUUCUCUCCGCUGCUGUCGCAUCCGUUUCACAUGGGUCCUGGCCCUGCUGCAGUGCCUCAACCUGGCCUUCCUGCUGGUGGACGUGUGGUUGAGCUUCCUGCCCAGCAUCUACCUCGUCUUCCUGGUCGUUCUGUAUGAGGGGCUUCUCGGAGGUGCCGCCUAUGUCAACACCUUCCACCAGAUUGCCCUGGAGAUGAGUGAUGAGCACCGGGAAUUUGCCAUGGCAGCUGCCUGUAUCUCUGACACUUUUGGAAUCUCCCUGUCGGGGCUCCUGGCCCUGCCCCUGCACGACUUCCUUUGUAAACUGUCUUGACACUCCGGCUUCUCAGGACAUGGGACACACUAAUCUGGGCCUGCACUGACAGGCGGGCGAGUCAGACCGCAGGCGCACAGCCCAGAACUCACCCAUGAGCCCUGCCCCAGGUUUGCCUGAGCGGCUGGGGUGCAGAGACACGCAGAGGUCCCGUUCUCCUUUGAGCGAGCCGGCAGUGUUCACCCUCUCCCAGGCUGGUCUUGGGGACUUUCUUCGUGGUGUUACAUCCUCAGAAUAAAUGCCUAUUUUAUUAAUUGA